AGUGACCUGAUAUCAACAGGAAACGUCCCCGAUAUGUCCCCAAAUAGAUAGGAAUUGACCUGAUAGAUAUGUUUACCACAACAAAGCCCCAUCGUAAUUUCUCCAGAAAUUGCCGUUUCUAGUUAUAUAUUAGGCCGACGGGAAGAAUCGCUGCGCACCGCCCUUUAAGACGGGUCCGAGGCUCGGUCCUUGAUGAAAAAAACAGAAAGAAAAAAAAAGUGGCGGCGACGGGGCUGGUUCCGAGACGAGGGGGAACGCGUGCGAGUCCGAGCCACGGUGGCAUCCAGCCGGAGAAAAGUAAACCGGCCCACCCAAAUCAUGCGUAGGUCGCCCUCCUCGAUUUCAACCAGGAGCUGAUUUUUUUAAUCUCCAUCUCAGUGGCACAAAAUGGAUGCUGCGUGGAGCAAUUUCCUCUUCCAGGUAGGCUUGAAUGCUCCCACCCAAAACCAAGUGGAGGGGAGCCUCCAAUCGGAGCUCAUGGCGGUCCACACGAGCUCUCCCCAAACCCCACCCACCGAGCACGUAGCUCAGCCUCCCUCCACCGUGGACACCACCGCUCUCAAAGAGGAGCCCAUGCCCAUUGAGGUCCAAUGCGUUGAGCCGCACCCAGCUACCACUUCAUUAGUGAAGCCGAUGUCCCGACCAGCCCGCGUGCCGCAUAUCUGCGCCAUUUGCAACAAGCAGUUCAAGAACAACUACAACCUACGCCGGCACCAGUCGGUCCACACAGGGCGGCCGGCCAAUCAGAACCCCACGCCAGUGAGGAAGAACCACGCGUGUGAGACGUGCGGGAAAGCCUUCCGCGAUGUUUACCACCUUAACCGCCACCGCCUGUCCCACUCGGACGAGAAGCCCUUUUCCUGUCCGAUCUGCCAGCAGCGAUUCAAGAGGAAGGACCGCAUGAGUCACCAUGUGAGAUCCCACCAGGGUGGCGUGGAGAAACCUUACAUCUGCCCUCACUGCAGCAAGGCUUUCUCAAGGCCUGACCAUCUCAACAGUCACGUGCGACAGGUGCACUCCUCCGAGCGGCCGUUCAAAUGUCCGACGUGCGAGUCCAGUUUUGCCACGAAGGACCGCUUGCGCGCACAUAUGAUCCGCCAUGAAGAAAAGGUCCCGUGCCACAUCUGCGGAAAACUCCUGUCGGCCGCUUACAUCACAGAUCACAUGAGGGUGCACAACCAAUCGCAGCACCAUGUGUGUCACCUGUGCAACCGCAGUUUCACUACUUUGACGUACCUGCGCGUCCAUGCCCAAAAGCACCACGGCCAGGAAUGGAAGGACAGCCCGGGCGGCUUUGGUGGCACGGCGUCCGGCGGCGUCCUGGUCUGCCAUCUUUGCGGCGUCCACUGCAAGACGCCCACCCAGCUCCAAGGCCACAUGGGUACCCACGCCAACAGUCAGGGCGCCCAGAGCCCCGCCUCUUCCGACGCAGUCGCCGGCAGCUCCGUCUCGCUCGCCAACAUGGUGACCGCGCCCACUGUCUACGUGGCCGGCGGCGCCGUGGUUGACCUGCUGGUCACGGACUGCUCCAGCAUCGCCGCACCGCAGUCGCAGAGUUAGCGCUAGACAGCAAUAAUGGCAGUCCUAGCAAAAAAAAAAGUAAGAGGAGGGCACAGUAAGCAAAGUGGUGCGAGGAAGCCAAUCCGUAGAAAUGCAUUUCAAAAUUCAACAUUUCAGCAUAAUUUUAUCUUUUUAACUCAGGACGGCAAUAGACGUCCAAUCAAUUUGAACCGGGAGUCCACACUGAAAAAUAUAACUUUGUAGCGCUACUUAUAGUCGUGAACAAAAAAACACGAGUUUAAACACUACUUAACUGUUACUCAACCGUUAACGCAUUGGCUGCCAAUGACUGUGACAUAAGUCCAAUUCAUUCCUGAUAUUUCCGUCAUGGACCCUGGUCUUUUACUUCUACAGUGCAGUCCAGGUUAGUGAUGGACACCGUAAUACUUGCAUUGUAUCACAAAAGUGAGUACACCCCUCAUUUUCUGCAGAUAUUUAAGUAUGUCUUUUCAUGGGACAACACUGACAAAAUGGCACUUUGACACAAUGAAAAGUAGUCUGUGUGCAGCUUUUAUAAUAGUUAAUUUAUUUUCCCCUCAAAAUAUAGCCAUUAAUAUCUAAACCCCUGGCAACAAAUGUGAGUACACCCCUAUGAAAAAACGCACUUUCCUAAAUGUCCAAGUUGAGUACUGCUUGUCAUUUUCCCUCCAAAAAGUCAUGUGACUCGUUACAGGAGUGCUGUCAGCAUUGCUGCAGAGAUUUAAGAGGUGGGGGGGGGGGGGUCCAUUCCCACCACCAUGCUUAACUGUAGGCAUGACACACUUAUCUUUGUACUCCUUACCUGGUCGCCAACACACAUGCUUGAGACCAUCGGAACCAAACAAAUUAAUCUUCGUCUCAUCAGACCAUAGGACAUGGUUCCAGUAAACCAUGUCCUUUGUUGACAUGUCUUCAGCAAACUGCGGGCUUUCUUGUGUACAGUCUUCAGAAGAGGCUUCCUCCUGGGGUGACAGCUUUGCACACCAAUUUGAUGUUGAGUACGGUGUAUGGUCUGAGCACUAAUUUGCCUGGCACCGCCAGACUAUUCUCCCUGUAAUUUUCAAACACUGUGAGAAAUAGUCUGGGACCCAGCCCAUUAACGGCCUCUCGAACAAGUACAAAAUCAACCGUCCAAUCAGAUUCAUUUGUUUGCGUGACGUGUUCUUAACGAGUAACGUCACUCUUGCGCGCCCAAAGUCGUCUCUACAACAACACAAAUGGCGAACGGGAGAGCCGAGAAUAUGUUCCAAUCCGCGGUAAAACCAGUUUUAAAUUAGCAAAAACACAUCGACACAAGUCAUUGACAACAGUCAACAUGGCUCGCGCUACCCAUGUUGAAUAAACGUCUCCAUUCUCCGCUCACACUAAUUACUUGUCGCUUUAACGUCACGUCUGCCCAUCGCUGAUUGGUCCACUCCGCUGUCUGUUUGCUGUGGCUUGCUCCGCCCUCCGAAUUUGAUCCGCCGGACGGUCGCCAGAAUCAAUCGCUGGAACAGCGGUGAGUCUGGUAUACCAGGCAAAGCACUAAUAGGCUGACCCCCACCACCUCUUCAAUCUCUGCAGCAAUGGUGACGGCCCUCCUGUAAGAGUCACAUGACAUUUUGGAAGGAAAAUGACGAGGAGUACUCAAAUUGGACAUUUAGGGAUGUACGUAGUUCCCAUGCGGUGUACUCACUUUUUGUUGCCAGGGGUUUGGAUAUUAAUGGCUAUAUUUUGAGUUAUUUUGAGGGGGGAAAAUAAAUUUAUAAGCUGCACACCAACUACUUUUCAUUAUGUCAGUGUUGUCCCAUGAAAAGAUAUACUUAAAUAUCUGCAGAAAUGCGAGGUGUGUACUCACUUUUGUGAUACACUGUAAACUGGCAUAAACGGCGACAGACGUCCAAGUCGUUUGAACUGGGAUUCUCCCCGGUAAAAUAAAAUGUUUUAUACUUUGUAGCGCCACUUAUAGUUAUGUGCAGAAACCACAAGUUAAGGACAAUUUAUUGUUUGCUAAAUCCUCAUUAUUAGCUGCCAUUGUCAGACUUUGCAGUUCAAAUGAAUGGACUUUUAUAACAGUCAAUGAUUGAGUUAAACGCUGAGCUGUGCAUUUCAGUGUUUUUAUACAAUAAUUUUCAAUAUUUAGCAAAUAACAUGACAAAAGCAUCCAAUUUUUAAAAAUUGCAACUUAAUGCCCAGAAAUGCUGAUUAUUAACUCUUUCAGUGCCAUUGACGGUGAGAGACGUCCAAUUGUGUGGCUCUUCUUUCUGCGGUGAAUUUAAAGGGGGGUUUCAGUAGUAUACGUCCAUCCCAUUUAAACUGGCAGGUCUUGCAGCUUAUGACCAUUUGUUCAUUCGCUGUCAUUCCUCCCAGUUUAAAUGGAUUGGACGUCUAGCGCAGUCAAUGGCAGCUAAACUAUUACUGCGUCCACGUCUAACAUGCAUAACAUGACUGUUACUACCAGUCAAAAUGGAUUGGAUGACUACCACCGUCAAUAGCAGCCAAUGAGUCAAUCGUAUAUUUUUAAACGGUCCUAUUGUUAAUACACGACUGAUUUUGGCCUCCACUACUCAUUCUGAAUGCUGUGCAGCCAAAAUGAGUGCUUCAAAAAUGAAGACAGAAUCUCGUGAGUCAAUUUAAUUUCAUAAAGCAAAUUCUUCGGGUUUUCAGUGGAAUUCAGUGCUUUGCAUAGCAUGUAGGCCCCCACCGUACGUGGAUAUUCAAAUCCAGCAAAAGUGUUCUCUUUGGGGCAUCUUCUGUAUUCAACUGGCCGCUCUCUCUCCAGCCGCUACCAAUGCCUGCUCUGCUGAACUCACACCAGCGCUGAUCUUACCUCUCUUUUUCUUCUUUGCAGCUCACUGACUUCUAAAAAGCUUUCUGGAGUUCAAAAUGGGAAGGGACGUGACUUUUCUAGCAUGUCAGCUUGUUUGCUUACAGAUUGAUUAGUAAACAAAAACAGUUACACUAAGAUUAGGAAGAAGCGUUUUUGGCAUCAUAGGAGGUACUUCUCGGUUAAAGGUACAGAGAGCGCCAGAGAGUUUUAAGCACCAUAAAGGGACAGGCAACACCUUUAUCAUGCGUGUCAUUGAGGAAAGAAUAUUAGUUGAUAAAUUGAAAACGACAGAAUUUCUGACUGGUAACAGCAGACAAUGUGAUUAAUCAGAUAAUUAAAAAGUAGUAUUUGGCACACUUUUAUAAAAGAUAGUGCUGACCAAAGACUACUCACGAUUAAUCGCGUUGUCAUACACGAUCCGAUAAUGAAUGCAAAAGUAGUAUUCGGCACGCUUUUGUACAAGACAGGGAUGGGCAAUCGUUCUACAUUGUAAUCAUAUGUGAAUAAUUGCGAUUAAUCAUAUUGUCAUACACAAUCCGAUAAUUCAAAAAUGUAGUUUAGCACACUUUUAUUAUAAAAGGUAGUGCUGGGAAAUGAUUACAUAUUUUAAACGUGAUUAAUCGCAAUGUCAUACGAAAUUGACACAGGUAGUCCCCUUGUUACGAACGAGUUCCGUUCCUACGCUGGUGGCGUGACCUGGAUUUCUGCGUGAAUCGGAAUUAACCCUUUUAGUAUGCCUAAAUACCCCCUAAAUAUCAAAAUAACUAUCCAAAAACAUGUAUUAUACGUCAUUGUGCUGUCCUCGCCAAAACGUUAGAGCCAAAUCCCAGCUAGACAGCGAGCUAAACUGUAAUCGUUCCACUCGCUCUCUCUUUCGGCUGCGCUACUUUUUCGUGGGGGCAAAUGCGCUUUUCUUUGUUUGCGCAAAUACGUUCGUGUGUACAACCACUCUUACUCGCGGUAGUACUGCCUGCUCUACCCUUUCUAUGCCAAAAUAAAAACAUUUCGCCAAUUGGCAGAAAAGUGAUACAGUGGUACCUCUACAUACGAUCGCUUCGACACACGAACUUUUCGACAUCCGACGUAAAAUUUGACUCGCCAUUUGUUUCUACAUCCGACGACAUGCUCGAAAUACGACGACAACGGCAGCACCGCAGACGAAUGCACGGCGGAUUUUCUUGUGUGACAAAUCAACACAGGUUUCAGAAAAGGUUGGUACAGGUGGUGAAACAAGGAAAAAGUUGAUGCUUACCUUCUAAAUGAAGAUGCAAAUGACAGAAAAAUAUGAGCGUGGGGUGGGCAUCCGUGAAAUGGCUCAACAAUACAUCUCCACGGUCCUCCUACGACCAUCGUUCGCCAGUCUUUAUAAGUUAAGCUGACAAUUCUUAUUGUGGUAACAUCUCCAAAGAAAUCGCCAGCUUCGCCACGUUUUCAUCAUUUCUUUCACAACUUAUUCAACACAAAAUGCCUGCUGUCUGCCGCAAUUGACGGUGUUCUAAAGAGAACAUUCAAAGUGAAAGUGAAACUCAAGCUCACCGGUCCAGGCACGUCAGCCCCGCGGUGCGUUCAGGUACACAAAAAAACGUCCGCCUUAUUAGAACCCGAUUCGUUACACUAUUACAGGAAUUGUUAUUAUUCUUUUUAUUAUAUUAUUCCAAUUUUGAUUUAUAAUUUAUUUGUUUUGCUACGUGUAAUUGCCAUUUGUAAUAGCACCAGCAGUAUUUUUUAAGGAUUUAGUGCAGGUUUUUGGGCUGUGGAACGAAUUAAUGGAAUUAUAAUGUAUUCCUAUGGGAAAAUCCUGCUCGACAUACGACCAUUUCGACUUACAAACAAGGUCCUGGAACGGAUUAACUUCGUAUGUAGAGGUACCACUGUAUUAAUAAAAUAAAUUUUAAAAAAAAGAUUUUACGCGACUUUAAAAAAAAAAACUAGAGAAAAUGGCGGAGGAGACUCCGGUGUUCUAAAGUCGAAAUCAUUUAAGUCGAGCACGUUGUAACCCAGGGUCAAAAGUAGCAUUUAGCGAACUUUUAUUUUAAAUGUGCUAACUUAUUUAGGAAAUAUUCAUUCGUAUUAGCUCAAUGAGUUAAUGCACAGUUAAAAUAAGUAACCGUAAUUACCCCACCCCUUUCCAUUAUCAGGAGUCGAAGAAAUGCUCCAUUUGCAUAGUUAAACACUUUAAGCUUGCGUCCGUCACAUAAUUAUUUUUAGUUGGUGUUGUCAGUCCCUUUAACUUGUGGUUUAACUCAUUAGCUGCCAUUGACGGAGGUAAAUCGAUGGGAACUGAGAGGGCAGGCAACGAAUGAGAUGACUCAUAGGUCACCUAAUUGUGUUCAAUUGACGGCGGUCGACGUCCAAUCCAUGCUAACUGGGAGUGAAAGUUUCAGAGGUGUGAGUUUCUUCAUAAAUCGUGAAAAAUAUAAAAACUCCCAAUGCACCUAGGUGUCGUCAGUGCCAUUGACGGUGACUCCCGGUCGAAAUGGGUUGGAUGGCACUCACCGUCAAUGGCUGCUGAUGAGUUAAUGUUGAUUUGGGAGGUUUUACAGUGGAAUGGGUUUCUUACGCUAAAGUCUUCCUCUCUGAAUCUGAAAAAAAGAGACUGAAUCAACACUUGAGCUUUCGACACCGCAACUCUUGCACCUCAAUGAAAAAAAAAAAAAACUACCUUUUGCAUGAACGCAAGCUAACUCGGCUUCUCACCCCGAAAUGAACUUUUGAGUGCUUUCACUAAGGUUGUAAACAAUAAUACCAACAUGUUUUGUUUAAAAAAAAAAAAAAAAAAACUUUGUCCGCCAUUUUAUUUGAUUGUAACAUUAUUGCCAUAGUCUUUUUUUUUUUUUUUUUUUUUUUUUUUUAAUUUUCUCUACCUGCCAGUCCAAUGAGUAAACAUUAGACAUUAGAUUUAGUGUGUAUAGCACCUAACAUAUUAAUCUUUUAUUUGGAUGGAUCUCACUGGUUGCAACGUUUCAGAUUUUGAGUGAUUAUGUUUGUAAUGGUCACAUUUCUUUUGUGUUGAAAAUGUGUUCUUCCUUCCUUCGUGUUGAGAAAAUGUCAUUUACUUAACAUUAUUUGAUUUUACUUCCAUUUACACUAAGAAAAAAAAUACCUCUAGAAAUCUGUACGGCUCAUCUAAUGCCUUAUCAUAACCGACUGCAUUUUCAUUCUUUUAUGAUGAUCAGAUCUUAGUCAUGGGAUUCAUUCAGAAUAUUAAUGGGAUGUAUUUAUAUUUAUAUUUUUAUAUUUCUCAACAGUAUGCAUGUCUAAAAGGUUAGCGCAAAAAGAGAAGAAAACAUACAAAAACCUUGAUGCUUAUUACAGUCAUGAAUAUUAGGUUAUUUUGUAGAUGGAGUAGAGCUCAUGUUAUGAUUUUGUAAUUUGGACAAUUUCAAGUAAAAUCGGGAAACAUA